UCAGCAACACUGUUGUUUUGUUUUGACCCCCGUAAGUGAUGAUAAUUUGACAGUGAAUUGGUUAAUUGUGCUCCCGUUUCUGCUUCCGAUACUGAUUCCAAUCAGACUAAAGUGCUUGUCGUUCUGCCCGCGUCGGUUAAGUGAACGUAAACAAAUGUGAAAAGUGUCGAGAAACACAGGAGGAGCAGAAUCCGAGAACCCGUCGCGUUGCACCCCCGCAAACAAAAAUUCUUGGCACAAAAUAUGGGCACCAAAGAGUCCAAGCACUCGAACAGCAUCAGCUACGAGGAGUCGGUGAAGCGAGUGAGCGAUGCGGAGCUGCGGCGCCUGAGAGAUGCCUUCAAGAAGUCGGCGGGCGUGGGGCGGCUCUUCCUCAGCCGGAAUGCCUUCCAGCAGGAUGUGCUCUGCGAGGGGGUGCCGCCGAAGAUCACGGACAUGCUGUACGCCGCGUGUGGUGGCACUCAGCGGGGUAUUUCCUUCAAGGAUCUGCUCUGCGGCCUGGUGCUAAUCACGCGCGGCACCCAGGAGGAGAAGACCAAAUUUCUGUGGAACCUCUACUGCAACGAUGCAGGAACCUAUAUAAUAAGGUCGGAAUAUGUACGCAAUGUGAACCUGGCUCCAUUCGAGAGCGUCUCCCUGUUCGCCCAGGGUGAACGAGUCAAUUUCGAGCAGUUUCAGGAAUGGAUUAUCAAGCAUCGCAAUGCCACAGUUCUCUCCAACUGGCUUUUGGCCGACAACUGUGUCAGUCUCACCUCAGAGCUGGAGACGCCAACGUUUUACCAGAGUCUUGCCGGAGUGACGCAUCUGGAGGAGAAGGACAUUGGCGAUCUGGAGAAGGAGUUUUGGCGUCUGAAGAACACAUCGCAGAAUGGACAAAUCGAUCUGCAGUUCCUUGGCCCUCUGAUUAGUCCACCGAUACCAAAGAACGCACUGGCGGGACUGUUCAACGCCUUCGAUGAGAACCGUGACGGUCACAUCGACUUUAAGGAGCUGUGCUGCGGCGUCAGUGCUGCCUGUCGUGGACCAGGUGUGGAGAGGACACGAUUUUGCUUUAAGAUCUUUGAUGUGGAUCGAGAUGGAGUUCUCAGCCACGAGGAGACACUGCAAAUGAUCAAUGUUCUCUUGCUGGUGGCCAAGGAGAACCGUGAUGCCCAGCAGUAUGCGGAGCUAACCAAACAGCAUGUUAUCAGCGAUCUGCUUGAGUUUGGACAGCGUCGCAGUCCCGACGGUGAGCCUAGCAAGCUAACCCGCGACAACGUCUCCCUCACCGCCGAGGACUUUAUGCUGUGGAACGUUCAGUGUGAUCUCCGGCUCAUGCAGCCCCUGCUGGACCUUAUCUUCGAGCUGUGCCACAUCGUCUUCGGUCUCUGGCCGCAGUGUAAGCAUAUGGAGAAUGAUAUUGUCCGAGGAUGGCUGCGACGCGAAGAACGCAGACCUUACCGUGUCGGUCAGUUCUGGUACUUGAUAACGCGUGACUGGUGGCUCAAUUGGACGCAGUACACCCAACACACGGCUCAUACAUGCGACUACUGCAAGCGCACCGCCGCCAGUCAGCGGACCGCCGUCGACGAGGCGGUUGUCUGCGAUGAGAGCUUCAACACUCACAGUCUGGAGCAGCACGACAGCUACUCGUUGGGCUCCGGCACAGGCUCAGCCACCGGCUCCGGCUCUGGAUCCGCCAGCAGUGGGUUCUCUGCAGGCCGCCACUGCGGACCUGUGCGUCCAGGACCGAUUGACAACAGCAACCUGAUCACGGCCAAUCCGUACAGAAACGUGCGCACCCUCACCGGCGAAGGCGGUCACCUCAAACGGGACACGCCUCUGGUGCAGAGCCACGACUUCGAGCUGGUGCCCAAGUCGCUUUGGAAGGCGUUAAAUCGGUGGUACGGCGACAACCUGCCAUUGCCGCGCCAGGUCAUCCAACCACCUAACUCUGAGGUGGAACUGGAGCUGUACCCGCUGAAUCUGCGCAUCCUGUUGCACCAGGCGCAACCGUCCCAAAUGGGCGCUGGAGGAGGAGGCGGAGGAUCGGGCGCCCAGCUAGGCAGCUGGGGCUCCACAGUAAGCGGCGGCUACGGGGUCCUGGCAUCCGGCGGUGGAUAUGCAGCAAUCGCAGCCAGCAGCGUGCUGCAGCCGCCGAAGCGAUAUCUUGCCUACACGGCGGCUUUCAGCCGCUUGGCCACUGUGCGACAAGUCGGGGAGUUCCUAUGCGAGCAGCUGCGCCUGAAAGCGGAGGAUAUCCGGCUGUGGCACGUGCCUCAGCUGGACAACGGUGCCAUAUUAUUGUUGGAGGAGGAUGCCAUGUGCCUGAAGGAACUUCUCAUCCGGGACAAUGACCAGCUACUGCUGGAGAUUCGCAACAAGGACCUGACCUGGCCCGAGGAACUGGGCUCGUUGGCAAGCGCCCAGAGUGGCCAGGGGACGUGUGGAACACCAGGCGAUCGGCGGCGUAUGACCCGCAGCUCCAUUAUGUCAGUGCAUGCGCCAGGAGCCACGGGCCUGCACAACCUGGGCAACACCUGCUUCAUGAAUGCGGCUCUCCAGGUGCUGUUCAACACCCAGCCACUGGCGCAGUACUUCCAGCGAGAGAUGCACCGCUUCGAGCUGAAUGCGGCCAACAAGCUGGGCACCCGGGGACAGCUGGCGAUGCGCUAUGCUGAACUCCUCAAGGAGGUUUGGACGGCGACGACGCGUUCAGUGGCACCGCUUAAGCUGCGCUUCUGCGUUAAUAAGCACGCUCCGCAGUUCGCCGGUGGCGGUCAGCACGACUCCCAGGAGCUGCUCGAGUGGCUGUUGGACGCCUUGCAUGAGGAUCUUAACCGCGUGAUGGAGAAGCCGUACAGUGAACUAAAGGACUCCAAUGGCCGGCCGGACAAGCUAGUGGCCGCCGAGGCCUGGUCACAACACCACGCUCGCAAUCAGUCAAUUAUCAUUGAUUUGUUUUAUGGCCAGCUCAAGUCCAAGGUUAGCUGCUUAAGCUGUGGCCACGAGUCUGUGCGCUUCGAUCCCUUCAGCCUGCUCAGUUUGCCGCUGCCAGUUGAGAACUAUGUGUAUCUGGAAGUGUUGGUUAUCCUGCUGGACGGCAGCGUGCCCAUCAAGUACGGCUUCCGUCUCAACUCGGAGUGCAAGUAUUCCCACAUGAAGCAUAAGCUGUCCAAGCUGUGUUCACUGCAGCCGAACCUGAUGCUUGUUUGCGAGCUGUGGAACUCACAGAUACGCCAGGUGUUGGCCGAUGAGGAGAAAUUGAGAAUGCAGAGCGCCAAGGAGCUGUAUGUCUACCAGUUGCCCGAGCAGAGCGUCCGAACGCGCUCCAACUCAGUGCUCAGCAUGCACAUCGAGCAAGGACUCAAGGAUAUUCAGCGUAGCUCGGCUCUCAUGACAGCCCAGGACAACUCGCUGUCCUCGCUGAGCACUAUUCAGACCUCCACCAGUCACCGCGCCUCGUCUCGCGUCCUUUGCAAUGGCCAUGCCAUGGGACUGGAGGCGGUUGAGGCGGAAAACAAUCAGAGCAUCAGCAAUACCAACCAUUUCAGCGGAAACGGAAGUGGUGACAACCAAGUGCACGAGCUGCUGCCAGAUGAGGCCGGAAAGGUAAGCCGGUGCUUUGGAAAGAGAGAGUGCAUGCCCCACAGCCUAUUCUGCUUCAAGGAGUCGUUCAUCCUAAGCUCCAGUCCGGAGAACAAUUUCAUGCACGGCAACACGGCCGCCCAGCAGAAGCGAGUGUCCGCCGCCAAGCUGCUGCACACGGAGAGCAACACCAGCUCCAUUUCCUACACGAAUCACUCCGGCGAGAAUUCCAUGGAGAGCUCGCUGACGGAGCCCAUUCCGAUGGCAGUUGAUCUGGCGCCGGUAAGCAGCCGGCACGGUAGUGGCAGCGAUGAUGGCUCCUAUCGGACGUCACCCAACGAUUCCAGUGGCCUGAGCACGACGGCGCACACGCUGGGAGCCAGUCUCGAUGCUGAUGUAGACGAGCAGGCGGAGGAGGGCAACGAGGAGGAGCCGGAUCAACCGGAUCAGAUAACCACCUCACAGCCGGAAACCAGCAGCGGUGUCUACUCACGUCGCUCCUCGCAGCCCCACAAGCCGGGCAAGUAUCUGGUAGCCGUGCAUCGUAAGAUCACCCGGCACGACAGCUACUUCCUUUCCUACCACAAGACGCGACCCAGCCUGUUUGGUGUGCCGCUGCUCAUCCCUAACAAUGAGGGAGGCACCCAUAAGGAUUUAUACUGCGCCGUUUGGCUGCAGGUAAGCCGGUUGCUUAGUCCGCUGCCCGCCACCACCGAGCAGGCAAAUCAUGCCGCCGAUUGCGAUGACAGCCUUGGCUACGACUUUCCCUUCACGCUCCGUGCGGUCAAGGCGGACGGACUCACCUGUGCCAUCUGCCCGUGGUCGAGCUUCUGCCGCGGCUGUGAGAUACGCUGCAAUAAUGACUACGUGCUUCAGGGGGCCCUGCCGCCCAUCAGCAAUGCCGGAUCCAGCAAUUCAACGACACCGAAGAUGAACGCUAAAUUUCCAUCGCUACCAAAUCUGGAGACGAAGCGUACGACGCCGGAGUACACCGCAUCGUUGUCGUACACCCCGACAACAAAAUAUUUUGAAGACUUUACCAUUGCCAUCGAUUGGGAUCCAACCGCCUUGCAUUUACGCUAUCAGAGCACCUUGGAGCGGCUGUGGGUGGAUCACGAGACCAUUGCCAUAAGUCGGCGGGAACAGGUGGAGCCCGUGGACCUGAAUCACUGCCUGCGUGCCUUCACCUCGGAGGAGCAGCUGGAGCAGUGGUAUCACUGCAGUCACUGCAAGGGCAAGAAGCCGGCCACAAAGAAGCUGCAGAUCUGGAAAUUGCCACCGAUCUUGAUUGUUCACUUGAAGCGCUUUAAUUGCGUCAACGGCAAGUGGGUGAAGUCGCAGAAAGUGGUCCACUUCCCAUUCGACGACUUUGAUCCAACGCCAUAUCUGGCCUCCGUGCCCCAGGAGACAAUAUUGCGGCACAAGGAGCUACUGGAACUAAAAACGGACGAAGGAGACGUAACGACGCAGACACUGGCGAGCAAUGAAGUUGUCAGCGAACUAGACGAAAUCGAUGCAGCCACCAAGGAGGAGGUGGAACCACAGGCCAAGCCAGUAUCUGCCGGGAAUAAUAUCCUGCGACAGAGUAAAACGAUCAAUGCGGCUCGGCGACGACAACGCCUCAUCUCAACGAGUCUCACGAAAACGCCCAUAGUGGACGGCGAAUUCGAGGACUAUCACCAGCAUCGACUCAAGCCGGAGGUGGAUGAGUUCGAUCCCAAGUACAGACUCUAUGCCGUGGUGUCUCAUUCGGGUAUGCUGAAUGGUGGCCACUACAUUUCCUAUGCAGCGAAUGCAACUGGUUCCUGGUAUUGCUACAACGACAGCUCCUGCCGAGAAAUAUCACAGAAACCGCCGGUUAUUGAUCCCAGUGCCGCCUAUCUCCUAUUUUACGAGCGCAAGGGACUUGACUACGAACCGUAUUUACCCAACAUCGAGGGCCGGGCGCUGCCCAAUGCCGCCGCCAGCAUGCAGCUUGAGGUGGACGAAACCGAGGGCGAGCUAAAGAAGCUGUGCUCAAUUUCCUAACUGAUGAUGAUAUCCGUGUACCGAUCAUCAUCCUGGCUAUGAAGGACUCUAUUAUAUAUUAUUCCCUCUUUCCUCCUAAGGAUAUGUUCUAAAGUUUUGUGCUUUUGUUUCGCCUAAUGUGUGUGCGUUUUGUUAUUUACUAUUUUAAGCUCAGUUUGAAACUAUUUGCUGCUAUUAAUUAUUUAGUUUCUUAAUUAUUGUAGUAUUAAGCCUUAAUUCUACCUUCUUUGCCAGAGCAUGUACCAUAAUAUUCAAGUCCAGCUUGUAAAUACUUUCUACGUUUAAUUGGUUCCCUUUUUGUAGUUGUUUCCCUCUUGUUUGGCCAUUGUUUUUGUUGUAUAUAAUUGUAUAAUUUACAAAUGUGCGUAAUUGUAUUAGGCGCUUCCGAAGUGCCACAGCUAUUCCAUUUAAUUUGUAGUUUGUAAUUGGUAAUUGUUUUUUUGUUCGUUGUAUGUAAAUAGUGGCGUGCGAAAUGUUGUCGUAGACAGUUUUUGAUAUUAAUUACACGGAUCAGCAAUAUAUAUAUCAAGACGUUGCACGAAUUUCAUCGCAGACUCAUAACGUAUUUACAUUAUUAUCGAUUGGCUUUGGUGUGAAGCGAAAUAAGUAUUGCAGAUAUGUCUACUGAUUAUGUAUUUGAUAUUUACAAAUUAUAUAUAUAUAUAUACACCCCACAGAUAUAUAUA